GCAAGAGUGACCAGAAUAAAAACAGCAACAACAGACAGGGUGGAGGGGGAAAAAGCAAAGUGAAGCAUUGAAAACUGGGCUUUUGUCGUCUCCUAAUACCAUAUCGUUCUCCUUUUCACCCCCCCCCCCUCUCAUCACUCCUCAACUUGUGUUAAUUAGGUAGCAGAGAAUAAAACCAGCUCCUCUGGAGAGGGGUGGUGCAUUUGGGAGCGAGAUGGCUCACGGAAAGGUUCGGCUGCUCCUCCACGGACUCUUCCUCGUAGCGGCGAUUCAGCCCACUCUGCAAGGAGGCGUGUAUGUACCACCUGGUGCGGGGAUAGGCACUGGACCAGGAACUGGAUUUUUUCCAGGUGGUUAUGGAGGUGGAGGCCAAGGCGGUGGACCAGGAGGUGUGGUGCCAGGAGGUGUUGGCCAGACUGGAUUUGGUAUUGGAGGCCUUGGAGCAGGACAAGGAGGUAAAGGACCAAAGCCAGGUUACGGCAAUCUAGGAGCCGGUGGCAGUUAUGGAACUGGAGACCUCGGCGGCGGUGGUUAUGGAGGAUAUGGUGGAGUCCCUGGUGGAAUCUUCCCAGGAGCUGGACAGAAGGCUGGUAAAAGAGGUGCCGGCGGCCAUCUGCUCCCAUUUGGAGGAGCAGGAACGGGAACUGGAACUCUUCCUGCUGGAGGCCCUGUUAUCCCCCAGACAGGCUUGCCAGGAGGGGGUGGUGCUGGAUCAGGAAAAACGGCUUCCAAAGUACCAGGUGUGGGUGUACCUGGGCUUUAUCAAGGUGGAUUGGUACCAGUGAAUGGAUUUGGUAACCGUGGAGUUCUUCCAGGAGUUGCCACUGGCAAUGGCCUCAGUCAAAAAUCACUUGGAGCAGGCGGACAGGGUGUGCUGGGAGCAGGCUACGGAGGGCAGAUGCAACCCGGAGUGUUCCGUGGAUACCCUCUGAAAUCACCCAAAACUCAAGGUGGCUACGGAGCAAAGCCCGGAGGCGGAAAACUUCCCUUUGGCUACGGGGGGUUUGGUAAUCAAGGAGCUGGUCUUCCAGGAGGUAAAGGUGGCCCUGGGUCAAAGCCUGGAUUUCCAAUUGGAACUGGUGUCGGUGGGGCUGGUGGUUUUGGUGCCGUUGCUGCCGGCGCUGGUGGUUUUGGUGCCGUUGCAGGUGGUUUGGGUGUCGGUGGCACAGGUGGACUAUAUCCAGGGCAGAGUCCAGGAGCGGGCUAUGGACCUGGGUCCAAAGCUGCUAAAUAUGGUGGUGUGCCAGGUGGCGUACCAGCUGGUGUUCCUGGUGGUGUACCAGGUGGUGUACCAGGUGGUAUACCAGGAGGUGUACCAGGAGGUGUACCAGGAGGUGUUCCAGGUGGUGGAUAUUUACCAUCAGCCAAAGCAGCUAAAUAUGGGGGUGUACCAGGCGGUGUGCCGGGGGGUGUACCAGGUGGUGUACCAGGCGGUGUGCCAGGGGGUGUACCAGGUGGUGUGCCGGGGGGUGUUCCAGGGGGUGUACCAGGAGGUGUUCCAGGUGGUGGAUAUUUACCAUCAGCCAAAGCAGCUAAAUAUGGGGGUGUGCCAGGGGGUGUACCAGGUGGUGUAUCGGGGGGUGUGCCAGGGGGUGUACCAGGUGGUGUACCAGGGGGUAUACCAGGAGGUGUUCCAGGUGGUGGAUAUUUACCAUCAGCCAAAGCAGCUAAAUAUGGGGGUGUACCAGGAGGUGGUGGAUAUCUCCCAUCGGCAAAAGCAGCUAAAUAUGGUGGUGUACCUGGUGGUGUACCUGGUGGUGCACUGGGCGGCGUACCAGGUGGUGUGCCAGGGGGCGUACCAGGGGGCAUACCGGGGGGCGUACCAGGGGGCGUACCAGGGGGUGUACCAGGAGGUGGUGGAUAUCUCCCAUCGGCAAAAGCAGCUAAAUAUGGGGGUGUGCCAGGUGGAGUACCAGGAGGUGUGCCAGGUGGAAUCCCAGGAGGUGUACCAGGGGGUCUACCAGUCGGUGUGCCUCGUGGUGUACCAGGGUUUGGUGGAUAUCAACCAGCAGCCAAAGCAGCGAAAUACGGUGGAGUACCAGGUGGUGUAUCUGGGGGUGUGUCUGGGGUUGGCGGAUAUCAACCAGCAGCUAAAUAUGGGAGUGCACCAGCUGGAGUACCAGGAGGUGUGGCUGGGGGUAUACCAGGCGGAGUACCUGGUGGAGUACCAGGAUUUGGUGGAUAUCAACCAGGAGCCAGUGCAGCGAACUAUGGUCGUUUUCCUGGUGGCGUACCUGGUGGCGUUCCAGGUGGUGUACCUGGUGGCGUACCUGGUGGUGUUCCAGGUGGUGUACCAGGUGGUGGAUAUUUACCAUCAGCCAAAGCAGCAAAAUAUGGUGGUGUCCCAGGAGGUGUCCCAGGAGGAGUGCCAGGUGUUGUGCCAGGUGGGGCACCAUUUGCCCUACCAGGUCAGAGAUUUCCAGGCGCUGGUCAAUAUUCACCAGCAGCGAAAGCAGCAAACUAUGGGGGAGCAGGAACAGGGUUCGGAACAGGAGGACUGGGAGGAGCUGGAGUAGGAGCACUACCUGGUUUGGUAUCGGGAGGAGUUGGAGGUGGACAAUACUCUGCUGCUGCAAAAGCUGCUAAAUAUGGAGGAGCAAGGGCAGGUUUAGGAACAGGAGAACUUGGAGGAGCAGGAACAGGAGUAGGCAGAGUGCCUGGCUUUGUUCCAGGAGGAGUUGGAGACGGACAAUAUGCUGCUGCAAAGGCUGCCAAAUAUGCUGGAGCAGGAGCAGGGUUAGGAACGGGUGGACUAGGAGGAACAGGAGUAGGAGGAGUACCUGGAUUGGUACCAGGAGGAGCUGCAGGUGGACAAUACUCUGCUGCUGCAGCUGCGAAAGCUGCCAAAUAUGGAGGAGCAGGAGCAGGGUUGGGGGCAGGAGGCCUGGGGAGACUCGGAGGAGUUGGAGGCGGACCAUACGCUGCUGCUGCUGCGAAAGCUGCUAAAUACGGAGGAGCAGGUGCAGGUUUGGGUGCAGGAGGACUGGGAGGAACAGGUGGACAAGUACCUGGCUUCGUACCAGGAGUUGGGGGUGGACAGUAUUCUCCUGCUGCAAACGCUGCCAAAUAUGGAGCAGGGAUAGGACCGGGAGGACUGGGAGGUACAGGUGGACAAGUACCCGGUUUUGUUCCCGGAGGAGUUGGAGGUGGACAAUACUCAGCUGCUGCAAAAGCUGCCAAAUAUGGAGGGGCAGGCGCUGGGUUAGGAACAGGUGGAUUGGGAGGAACAGGUGGGCAAGUACCCGGUUUUGUUCCCGGAGGAGUUGGAGGUGGUCAAUACUCUGCUGCGGCAAAAGCUGCCAAAUACGGGGGAGCCGGAAGAGGGUUCGGAACAGGAGGCCUGGGGGGAGCAGGAGGACUGGGAGGAACAGGAGUAGGAGGAGUACCUGGUUUGGUACCAGGAGGAGUUGGAGGUGGACAAUACACUGCUGCUGCUGCUGCAAAAGCUGCUAAAUAUGGAGCUGGAGCAGGAGUUGGAGCAGCAGCGGGAGGAGGAGGAGGAGGAGGAGGAGGAGUAGGGCCAGGAGCAGUUGGAGGCGCCGUUUCCGGAGUAGGUCUUGCCUUGCCGGGAGCGACACCACACACUGGGGUCAGCGGCCUCCCUGAUGGUUCUGCUCUUGCUGUACCAGGUGGCCCGGGCGAUAACAUUGCUGGAAAGCCACCAAAGGAUGCAGGUCCUUCUGGAACUCCUGUUCCAGGCCUCACGUCUAUUGCCACAAAUGGCAAGGCCACAGAGCUCCCACUGCCCACUGGUACAAAAGGUCAAAGUCCAACCGGUGUUGGUGAUGGUGUUGGGACAGCGAGCAAGGCACCAAAACCAAUUCCACAAGGCAGUGGAACAGAUAUUGGUCCAGGCGGAGUAGGUUACCCUUAUGGAGCUCCUUAUGGGGUUGGAACUGGUAUUGGAACUGGAACAGGGGCUGCAGUGCUGCCUGGUGCAAAGCCCUUGAAACCUCCCGUCGUAGGGGGAGCAGGAGCUGGAGCAGGAAUCCCACUGGGAGCAGGAAGCUAUCAAGGUGGUUUGCCGUAUCCUUCUGCAGUCGGACUGGGCGGUGCCGGCGGAGGAGCCAAAGCCCCCAAACCAGGUUACGGAAAUCUUGGUGGCGGUGGUGGUGGUGGUGGUGGUGGUGGUGGAUAUCAGCCCCAGCCAGGUGGAUACGUGCCAGCACCACUGACUCCUCAACAAGCUAAAGCAGCCAAGUACAUUGGGAAUCCAUUGCAAGGCUUUCUGGGUGGUGCAGGAGCAGGAGGAGCCUACAGAGGCGGAGCAGCAGGCGCACCGUGUCAGGGCAAAUACUGUGGCAGGAGGAAGUAAAUCCGUUCCUGAGGUGUGACGUGGCCUGAAGAAAAACAUGGUGCUACUGCAUGAACUAGAAUGUACAUUUUAAAACACAAAUGUUUUUACUGACUUGACUUCAAUGUCUGCUCUUAUGCAAACCCACCGACCAAGAGUUGUGUACUUUUUUUUUCCAACCCUCAUGUGUGACAUGUAUUGCUGACAGUGCCUUCAGUCGUAAAUGUGUGAAUGUCAGUACGCUCUUAGACCCCGCCCCCCCUUCCUUUAUGUAGCCUUCUACUUCAAAUACUGUAUAAUGUGCGUCAUCCCGUGCUCAUUCCGAUGGCAGACUUGUACAACCGUGUGUUGUUCAUGUGGUUCGGACAUUUGGGGACACAGCGUAAGACUGCUUGAAAAGGUUGCCUGCUGAAGUGACCUGUGCAGGAUGUUCCAGCGCGCCCUUUUCAAUCUUGAACCAGUCAAGCUGGAAUGUUGCAGCACACCACCUCUGUAACUCAUGAUAAGGUGAUUUUUGGUGGCCAAAUCGCAACAUCGUCUCCAGGCCCUCCUUCCUCACUGCUAUUUUUAGCCCCGUCGGUUAUAAAGUAGUGGGAAAUGGGACUCCAGCCAGCCCAUCUGUUCUCAUUUGCCCUUUUUCUCCCCUAAUUUUAUUUGCCUGAGCAUUUUUAAUUUCGACAAAUGCUUUAUUGAGAUCAGUCUCUAAAAUGGAGUUGCCUUAUACUUUUAUUCUUCCGGUGUAUUUCUAGAAAGUUUGCAUUUUUUGCGCGUGAUGCUUUUUCCUCAAGUGUCAUUUCAGGAGUUAUUUUCAGUUAUGUAAUAAUGUGCAUUCAAGCUUAUAACUCAUAUCGUAUUAUUACAAUUGUGUGAACAUGCAGUCAGACCAAGCCUUGAUUCAUGAAUCGUAAUACAGAAUAACACUUUUGUUUAAUGGGUGCAUCCGUGCCCCAUUGUUCAUUUACUUGAACUGCUUUAGAGGAAAAAAAAAAGCUUAAAUGAUCAAAGGUUCAUGGGUGCUGUUGCUGUUCUUUCUGUAAUUGUGUACUGUAUUUUGUACUAAUAUGAAAGUUGUUGGCAUUGGUUCAUCCACUCGGAGCACUUUGAGCCUCACUGGGUCAGAUGUGCCAUGGGAUACAGUACAUCUUUAUUUAAAACUAUUUCCAAAAAGAGGAACAUUGUGGUUUUGCACUUUUUAAAAAUAAAAAAAAAAGAAUGUUUCCACACACACACGUGCACAGACUCACAUGAGUUAAUAUAUCCUGCCGUUGUAUUCGCAUCAUCAAAUAACAAAAAUAAAAUGUGUUUGAAAACUACAAAAA